AUGGUUCCCACAAGGGGUAUUGAAGUCUCCAACUAUGAUAACGAAUCCAUCUAUUUUUCCUUGCAAUUUUAUCAGUUUUGUGUCAGGUCAGGCAUAUCAUCCCAGAGAAGAUCUUGGCCACUAUAUUUGACAAUCCUUGUUUUUCUUGGAGUGGCGGCAAUCGUGGGAAUAACUAUUGGUCUCCUUGUUCAUUUUCUGGCAGUCGGAAAGAAUUACCAUUACCAAGGGGAUUUUCAUAUUUCUGGAGUCACAUACAAUGAUAGCUGUGAAAAUGCAGCCUCACAAGUUAGCAAAGAUCUGAGCAAAGAUAUUGAGACUAAGAUGCUUGAUGGAUUUCAAAAUUCUAGCAUAUACAAAGAAUAUGUCAACUCUCAGGUCAUCAAACUUCUCCCUUUUCCCAAUGGUUCAAGUGUGCAGUUGCAGCUGACAUUCAAGUUUCCUCCAGCAAAGAGGGGGAUCAUGAAGCCUGCAAUCAAAGCUGUCUUACUUCAGCUGUUAAAAGACAACAUGGCAACCUGGAAUGCAGUUCCAGCUUCCAUUAAACUUACGGAAAUCAGCAAGACUGAUGCUGAAAUGCUUACCAACAAAUGUUGUGGGAGACAAUUGGUCAAUAAUAUCAGAGCAGGCAACCGAAUUGUGAAUGGGGGAAAUGCCCAGACAGGGGCAUGGCCUUGGCAGGCAAGCAUGCAGUGGAAGGGCCAGCACAACUGCGGAGCAUCUCUGAUCAGCAGCAGGUGGCUACUAUCUGCAGCUCACUGCUUUACUAAGAAAAACAAUUCAAAAGAUUGGACCGUCAACUUUGGAACUUUAUUAAAUAAACCAUAUCUGACAGAGAAAGUCCAAAGCAUUAUUUCUCAUGAAAACUUUAGCGGGCCUGGGGUCCACAAUGACAUUGCCCUGGUGGAGCUUGCUAAAGAAGUCUCUUUCUCAAAGUAUGUCCGUAAAAUUUGUCUUCCUGAAGCCAAAAUGAAGCUCGCAGACAAUGACAGUGUUGUAGUUACAGGAUGGGGAACACUUUAUAUGAAUGGUCCCCUUCCAAAUAUCCUUCAAGAGGCCUUGGUGAAGAUUAUCGAUAACAAAGUUUGCAAUGCUCCACAUGUAUUAUCUGGCUUAGUGACCGAUAACAUGCUAUGUGCUGGAUUUAUGUCAGGAAAAACUGAUGCCUGUCAGAAUGAUUCUGGUGGACCACUAGUUUACCCUGACUCUAGAAAUAUCUGGCACCUUGUUGGAAUAGUAAGCUGGGGUGAUGGAUGUGCUAAAAAGAACAAGCCAGGUGUCUAUACUCGAGUGACUGCUUAUCGUGAUUGGAUUACCUCCAAGACUGGGCUCUGA